AUGAACGGCAACUACGCAGAGGCAAGCGGGUCGGGCUCUAGCAGCGCAGCUCAUCAGCUGUUGCGAGCGGCGUUGGACGUCGAAAGGGUCUCGGAUGCGCAGGUGUCGCAGUACUAUCGCGAGCGACUGCAGGAACGCCGUAUUCAAAUUACCAACCUCGAUCGCGCCCGUCCCAAGGCCGGCGGAAACGAUGAUAGCGCUCGCCUCCGAGCCGAACGUAAGCUGGCCAAACGCAAGAGGAGAGUAAAAGGCGAGUUGUCAGAGCUCAAGAGGCUUCGCAUCGUCGCAGGUCGGUCGGCCAAGCAAGCAGCCAGUCGAGACGAAGCAGACGAAGCGCAAGAAAUAGUGGCUGAUUCUGGAGAAGACAGCGAUGGCACUUCCACAAAGGAGCUCGUUCAAAGCAAGCAGCGACUACUGUCGGAUGCUACCAGGCAGCUCAAGCGAUUACAGUCGGCACCUCGGCAUAGGACAAACCAAGCCAAAAAGAUCGACAAAACAUCCACAAGGUCUCUCAGCCGCUCUCGCCGCAAACGUAUGGGUCUGGAACAGGUCGACGCUAACAUCAGCUACGAGCUAGUCAAGCCGCUGCACGAUAUGUGGCGCUCCUACAUCCAACAGCUGCUCAACAUCGUAGCUAUGAACAGCAAAGGGCACCUCGUGCCAAAUCCGCAGUUCGAUCCAAGGAAUUUGGCGCAAAUGUCAUCAGGCACCGUCAGCGCGAUUCAAGCAGCCCUCAUCAAGGCCGAUCUGUGCGGAGCAGAGGUCGAGGUCGUCCGUGCUGCGAACCCAUCGCUUGUCUCGCAACACGGCCUGGUUGUCAAAGAGACCGAGCAUACCCUCAUCAUUGCUAUUCCGCCAUCGCAACAGCCAUCGUCCAAUGCAACCCGGACUAUACCCAAGAAGAACGCAGUGUUUGCCAUCAAGGUUCCAUUGGCCCCUAGCCUCGACUCAUCGGAUGCAGGGUACCUUCGCUUUGAGCUCCAUGGCAACCACAUGAUGCAUACUCUACCUUCCAGAGCCACUCGAAAAUACAAGGCACGACCCACCAUCGACUUCUGA